GAGUCAAGGUAUUUUCAGAGUGUGGAUAUAUCAGCUGCUAGGAUAUUAACAGUUAAACUGAGAUAACAAGUAAAAAAAUCUACGCGCAAUUAAAGCUUUCGUUUCACUUUCGUAUCGAGCAGUACAAGUAUACAAGGCGGUACCUGUAAGCGAAGACAUCCGUAUUAGUUCAUGCAGUAACCAUGUCUGACCUACCAAGCAAUGUAGAACCAGAUUUUGUACCUGUGGAAGACGAAGAUCCUACGCCAGUACAGUGUGAAGUUGCAGAAAGAGAGACACAGGUAAAACAUGUAUAUGGACCAGUGUCUGAUAGAUCACUGCAACCCAGUAUGCACUACCAGCGUGUACCUGACCCAGGACCUGAUGGCAAAGAGACCUGUAAUGUCCCAUCGAAGGGACAGCAAAAUUGUGAAGAGCAAAGCACCAUCAACACAAUGCCUGUUAAUAUCAGCAGUGAAGAAGAUUCCCUAGACUCUGGUUUGGACUCCAUGGCACCAGAUGUCGCCACCUCUCAGUCCAUAACUGCUGAUUUGUCAGCAGGCAUGCAGAAACUGACACUAAGAAGAGAACUGAUGAAAAUGGGAAAUAUCAGAGAAGAUGAAGGAGAGGAAGCAAACCUUUCAAUACCCCUGCAAGAAAGUGGGAUAGGAGAACAAGAAGAAAGCAGGGAAAUUAAACAGCAAACACAACAGCAAGUUCGACGGCAAUUACUACAGCAACAACAACAACAACAACAAUGCUAUCAUCCAAACCUAAUGAAUAAAAAUCUCUAUCAACAGGAAGAUGUACGUCAACAACAGCAACAACAACAACAAAACCAGAUUUCAGGCACUCACCCAUACUUUUUCAGAGAAAGUGGGGGCUCUCCAUCAACAGAAAAAACAACAAUACAACAGAUACAAAUACAGGGGAAUCCUAGCAUCUUUUAUCCAAGACCUCCUCCAGACGAAAACUAUAACCCACAAACCCAACCCUACCGUUCCAUUCAUUUGAGAAUGACCAAUACCCAUAAUGCAAACACUAGGUUCAGUAAUCUCAGUUAUGCUACACCAAUUUCAAAUUACCCAACUUCAUACAGACAUACGCAUCCUUCUCCAGUCAUCAGGGCUGACUAUUGCUAUAGAGGUGCCAGUAAUUGUGGUAGAGAAGACUGUUUCAGAGAAGAUUGUGUUGGGUGUUACUCCCUAGGGAGCAGCAGGGUGGAGACUGGGUGUUUCUCUGGUUUUCCAGCCAGACCCACUGAGGAGCAAGUGAUGGUUGCAUUCUUCCAGGACGAGGAUGGAGACACGCAACUUCACAUAGCAAUCAUCCUGUGUCUUGAGAGGGAGGCGUCCCUGUUCAUUUCCUGGGCACCCAGGUACCACUAUUUGAACAUAGCCAACUUCCUAGGCCAGACCCCUCUUCAUCUGGCAGUCCUGACACAGUCACCUGUCAUAGUGAGAAAACUUAUGACUUCAGGUGCUACGAUUGAAACUUAUGACCACAAUGGGAAUACGCCCCUCCAUCUGGCGAGUCGUGACGGAGACACAGAGUGCAUACGCAUGCUGACAACGCCAGUAACAUACCGCGAGGUUUGCAGAAGUAGAUACACAAUACCAUACCAGAAGAUACCGCAGGACCUGGACCUGUUGAACUAUGAAGGCCAGAGUUGCCUUCACUUGGCUGCGUCAAGGAAACAUAUUGGUGCUGUUGACUACCUGAUCUCACUGGGAGCUGACAUCAACGUUGAGGAUGGUAAAAGUGGCCGCACCAUCCUCCACCAUGCUGUAGAAACACGGGACAUUGAACUCCUGUAUUACCUCCUCAGUCAACCUGAUAUCAACCUGGAUGCCAGGACAUAUGACAACUGUAGCCCUCUGUCACUAGCAAUGGGUAGAAGAUACCAAGAUAUAGCCACUCUCCUCAUCAACAAUGGGGCCCUUUUUUCACAGUGGCAAAAUGCCAAUGAAGAUGACGAGGAAGACGAGGAGUCUUCAAGUGAUGAGGAAAACUUAGAAUUAGAUGAUAUCAUGAUUAACGGUCAGCCACUGAGAAUGGCUGGAGAAGAUAUCCCUCCCUCUUGGUGAAUAGAAUCCUAUACGUAACUCCUUGAUGGACAAUUUAACCAAGAAUAUAUUUUGUAAAUGUCCAAAACUAGUGACCGUGAUAUUGUUAUAAUCACCAGCAUGUUUUUGAAGCUGAUGUUAUCAAACGUGUAGGCCUAUUUGUAUGAUCACCUAUAGGCAACUGUUAUCAAUCUAUAUUAAAUAUUAUAUAUUUCUGUAACAUUGGAAAUUAACCCAGAAGACAGUGGAAGGAGGCCCUAGAAAAGAGGAUUGACUCAUUUCUAAAUAAUCUGACUUUGAUACAUGUAAUUGUUUCUGAAGUUGUGCAUGUAUCUCUGCUUGGGCAAAGGAACAUAUAUAUACCAGCACACUAUGCAAUAUGUGGGAUACAUACCGGUAUGUUAAACGGGUAAAAUAAGCAGCACCCUAUAUUUACUACGCCAUGUACUUAAGAUAAAAGAGCUCUGAUCCAGUUUAUUGACAAGCCGCUGAUACAGUACUGUACCGGUAGUUCGCGGUAUAUUAAGACAGAAACUUUUUUUUUUGUGGAAACCGGAGCAAGAUUUAGCAAGCAAGAUAUAGGAAAUUGCUUUUAUUACUAGCUGUAUAGAAAGAUGAAAAAGCAAUUGAUAACAGAUAUUGUAA